AUGUCGUUGCCCAAAACAACAAAAGCCUGGGUCAUCCAUGGCACAGAUCCUUCCAAGGGCUUCGAUAAUCUGAAGUUGGAAGAAGUUCCCGUCGAGGAGCUGGGAGAAAGCCCGGGUGGUGAGAUCGAUGCUGACUGUACCAGAGAUCUAUUCAUUCCCCAGGGCGCAUAUCCAUUCCCUCUCAAGCCGCCAAUCAUCGCGUGUUCGGACGGAGCUGGCAAGGUCAUCGCCGUUGGCAAGAAGGUCACUGAGUUCUCUGUCGGAGACAAGGUCGUCACCUCAUUCUACCAAGGCCACCAAUACGGCGACAUCACGGAGCCGGCAACUGCGAGUGGACUAGGAGGUGGCCUCCAUGGCACUCUACGGCACUAUGGCGUCUUCCCCCAAAAUGGGCUGGCCCUUGCUCCCUCCAACCUCACCCCGACUGGAGCUGGGACAUUGUCCUGUGCCGCGCUUACUGCCUGGAACGCCCUUUAUGGGCUUGCAUCGAAAGCCAUCAAACCAGGCAGUGUUGUUCUGACGCAGGGCACAGGAGGCGUCUCGCUUGCAGCGAUCCAACUUGCACGAGCGGCAGGUGCCAUCGUGAUUGCCACCACAUCCUCGGAUGAGAAAGUCAAGCGCCUGGAACAACUGGGUGCGAAUAUCGUCAUCAACUACAAGAAAGAUCCUCAUUGGGGGAAGACGGCCAAACGGCUCUCACCCCGCAAAGAAGGCGCGGAUCACGUCAUCGAGGUGGGUGGCCCAGGCACGAUGGAGCAGAGCAUGAAAGCCGUCAAGCUUGAAGGCGUGAUUGACGUGAUUGGAUUCCUUGCUGGCCCAAAGGCGGACAACGAGCCUUCGGCCUUGGAAUCCCUGAGACACUGCUUCAUGAUCAGAGGUAUUCUUGUCGGUUCUCGAGCACAGCUUCAGCAGAUGAACCGUGCCAUCGAGGCAAAUGCGAUAGACAUCGUCGUGGAUGAGAAGAUUUUUAACUUUGAGGACGCCAAGGAGGCCUACAAAUAUCAAUGGGACCAAAAGAACUUCGGCAAGGUUGUCAUUAAACUGGAUUGA